AUGGGAAGAGCUCCAUGCUGCGACAAGGCAAACGUGAAGAAAGGGCCAUGGUCCCCGGAAGAAGAUGUGAAGCUCAAGGAUUACAUCGACAAAUAUGGCACUGGUGGCAACUGGAUCGCGCUGCCUCAGAAAAUUGGGCUGAAGAGAUGUGGUAAGAGCUGCAGACUGAGAUGGCUUAAUUACUUAAGACCAAACAUCAAACAUGGUGGCUUUUCUGAGGAAGAAGAUAGUAUCAUAUUGAGUCUUUACAUCAGCAUUGGAAGCCGGUGGUCUAUAAUAGCAGCUCAGCUUCCUGGAAGGACAGACAAUGAUAUCAAGAAUUACUGGAACACAAAACUGAAGAAGAAACUUCUUGGAAGACAGAAACAAAUGAAUCGUCAAGAAUCCAUAACUGACUCUAAUGAUAACAACAGCAGCAACAACAACAAGAGUCCUCAGAAUCUGAGCAAUUCGGCGCUGGAGAGGCUUCAACUUCACAUGCAGCUCCAGAAUCUACAGAGUCCUUUCUCUAGUUUCUACAACAACCCUAUCUUGUGGCCCAAACUUCACCCGUUGCUGCAGACUACUACUACAACUCCUGAUCAAAACCCUAAGCUGGCAUCUCAAGAAAGCUUCCACCCUCUAGGAGUUAAUGUUCAUCAUCAGAACAAUCACAUCAAGCUAGCUCAGAUCAACAACGGUGUCUCACCUAUAUAUUCAGAGAGCAACAUAGAGCAGUCCCUAAACUCUGUUCAAGAAUUUCAACCUAAUUUUGGUUUCUCGCAGGACUUUCGAUUAGAUAAUCAUAACAUGGACCUUAUAAACAGAGGUGCUUCUAAAGAAUUGUUUCAAGGGGGAAACGAGUUUGAGCUCACAAACGGUUCGAGUUGGUGGUCGGAGGAAGUGGAGCUAGAGAGGAAAACGACGUCGUCCAGUUCUUGGGGAUCAGCUUCUGUUCUUGAUCAGACGACGGAAGGAAUGGUUAUGCUUCAAGAUUACGCUCACAUGAGCUAUCACAGUGUUUAA